AUCGAAGCGGUAUAUCUUCACAUCUACUGUCUAUUCUAUUUGUGUUAACUCCCAUCAUGUCUACUCCUAGUGAAAGAUUGUUACACUUGUCCCAGAUUUUGUCUGGCUCGUCUUUAGCUGUCAACCGAGUUUCUGGCCACAAACUGCUCAGUCCUGAGCAUCCUUUUAGGAUUGCUGUCAUCGGGUCUGGUAACUGGGGAACCACUAUCGCCAAGAUCGUGGCCGAAAAUGCUCAAUCCAGACCUCACUUGUUCCACCACCACGUCAAGAUGUGGGUUUUUGAAGAACAGAUCAAUGGUGAAAAAUUGACUCAAAUCAUUAACACUAAGCACGAAAACGUCAAAUACCUUCCUGGAGUCACAUUACCUUCAAACUUGAAAGCCGUCCCCAGUAUUGUCGAGGCCGCCAAGGAUGCUGACUUGUUGGUGUUCAACUUGCCCCACCAGUUUUUGCACAACAUUUGCAAACAAUUAAAGGGAAACAUCAAGCCCGAUGCGAGGGCCAUUUCUUGUCUUAAGGGGUUGGAAGUCACCCCCGAAGGCUGCAAAUUGUUGAGCACAUACAUCACCGAACAUUUGGGAAUCCAGUGUGGUUCUUUGUCAGGAGCAAACUUGGCCCCUGAGGUUGCCAGAGGUAAAUGGUCUGAAACCACUGUUGCCUACAAGCUUCCUGAAGACUUUAAAGGUGAGGGCCGUGAUAUUGACCAUUAUGUGUUGAAGGCGAUUUUCCACAGAUCAUACUUCCAUGUGAACGUCAUUGACGACGUUGCCGGUGUUUCUGUUGCCGGUGCAUUGAAGAAUAUUGUUGCUCUUGCGGUUGGGUUUGUAGAAGGUUUGGGCUGGGGUGACAAUGCGAAGGCUGCUAUCAUGAGAGUUGGGUUGUUGGAAAUCAUCAAAUUCUCCGAGACCUUUUUCCCCGAGUCGCAGGCCAGAACCUUCACGGCAGAGAGUGCCGGUGUGGCGGAUUUGAUCACCACUUGUGCUGGUGGUAGAAAUGUCAAGGUUGGACGCUAUAUGGCCGAAACGGGAGAAUCUGCUGAAACGGCUGAAAAAACCUUGUUAAACGGACAGUCUUCCCAAGGUAUCAUUACUGCUAAAGAGGUCCAUGAGUUGUUAACCAAUGUCAAUAAAUUGGACGAAUUCCCCUUAUUCGAAGCCACCUACCAGAUUAUUUUCGGUUCUGAGAGCAUUGAGAACUUGCCCUUGUUGUUGGAAAACAAAUAGACUGAUAGAAUGUGUAUAUUACAUAAACUCAUAGAUGUAUAUAUCCCGAGCUGUUCAUUUUGGUUGUUUUACGUCAACUUUGUUCGUUUUAUGGUACCUUCUGUUUCUUCACCAUGUCUUUUGGAAUGCUUCUGCCGAUACUUGAUCAUAAACUUAUCCAUAUAGCUACCGGUGAACUCUUUAACUUGCUUGAGCUUGCUCUUCUCGAAAUCGGCCGGUGGCUCUCGUGUGGCGUCCUUGUUCAUUUCCUUCAUCACCAAUACCUUGACCAUUUCUCUGGCACACUGCUUGACGUUGUCUUUGCCAAUUUCUUCUGUGUGCUUCUUGAUCAAGUUCGGCACAUACUUGGCAAACAAAGAGCUCCACCGCUUUUCCACACUCGACGUGGUACCAGAGCUCUUGGAUCCUUUGACUUUGGACUUGGCCUUGGCUCUGGCACGGGCUUUAUCGGUGAGUUCUUGUUUCAAUCUCAAGUCCAUUGCUUUCCUUUCUUCAGCUUCACGCUGUGACUGGAGAAUCAACUCUUGCAAAGACUUUUGCUUAUUUAGAUUUUGUUGCCAGAGCAUUUG